GAGACGGGCCUCCCCUGGAGCGGGUUCGCGUUGCGCCAGCUGCUCCACGUCUUGGUCGGUGUCGACAUCUCCAUCCUCGAUGAGGCCACUCGGAAGGAGAUGGAGUACCUCGCCGAGGCCGUCUUGCAGAGGGCGCCCCUGACGGCCAGCAGCGGCGGCAACCGCGCCCACGGCGCCGUGGACCUGGGCGUGGCGCUGCUGCGCAAGUGCUGCGGCCUCGGGCACGGCAUCAUGCGCCGCUCCGGCAGGGUCCAGUCGCUCGAGGCGCGCUGCAGCAGCCAGGUGGUGCUGCUGGUCAGCGAGUUCUGCGAGUCUGCGGGCACCUGCGCUGGCGGUGGCGAGGACGCUGUCGACGGCGCAGAGGGCGGGCAGUUCACCGUGCAGCUGAGCAUCAAACUCCAGGACCUGAACGCGGCGGUCGAGGAGCGCCAGGCGCUGAAGACGACCCUGGCGGCGCGGAAGGACAAGGCCGUCGCCGACGAGGAGUUUAUCGAGGCGCAGAAGCUCAAGGAGGCGAUGAAGAGGAACGCCAGCGAGCUGAGCGGCCUGGAGCAAGAGCGCGACCGCUUGCAGAAGGAGCGCGACGGCGUCUGCCUGCGCGUGCUGGCGAUCCUCAACGCGCUCCUUCGCUGGACGAGCUCCGACCUGCGCAGGGACCCCGCGCUGCACGGCGCCCUGGACCAGAUCCUGGUGCCCAUGAUGGGCCUGCCCGCCCUCAGCGAGGAGGUGGAGCUCGCCGCGAUCACGGCCAUCUGCCUCUUCUCGGAGCGCGACGGGGCCCUGGCGACCCGGCACUGGGGCCUGAUGCUGGAGCUGCUGCGAGGCCUGCGCCAGGGCGCGGACGCCCGCGCGCAGCCCGUGACGCAGCACACGAGGGCGCGCGCCGGGAUCGCGGCGCGGGCGCUGGCGGACGCUCGCCGCCGCCCUCCUUCACCGAGCGAAAGCGGCUACAUGGACAGGGACGAGGUCAUGAGCGCCGGGUGCGCGCUGGCCGCCGUCCCCUUCGCGGCCCGCCAGGUGACCGUGGAGCCGUUGUGCGGCUGGCUGCUCAACCUCGGCCACCUGUUCUUCGAGGAGCACCUGCGCGAGCCCGUGCUCGAGGUGCAGUGGGCUCUCGGGUGGAUGCUCGUGGAGGUCUUCACCCGGCCGAACCUGGGGAUGGAGGCGAUGCAAGCCAUGGCGCAGGACUUCACCGAUGUAUUGGUGUCGAUGUCGAUGCAGUGGAAACUAGCGUUCCUCCAGUAUCUCAACACAUGCCGCGGCACUGGUGCGCUGAAUUUUCUAAACGCGUUCAGCCUGUGGCUUUGUAUGAUGCUGGUGCGUGGACUUGGUGUCGGCGUGUCUACGAUGAGCUUUAUCGACGAGAGAAUGCGCAUCUUCGUCGCGUGGGAUGCUAUCGCCGCCGUCCCGAGGAAGACUUGCCCGUACGGUAGCGGGACUCCACGACACCGGUACCAGUACGGUGUUGGGACCUCGCGGUACCAGUACGGUACCAGGACCGAGGCCGGCACAGACGCGGCUGGUGCGGUAUCGUCCAGUAUUGCGGAGACGCUCGGUACGGCACCGUCCGGUGCGGCGGCCGCGGCCAGUAAGGUGGAGCACAAGGUGAUGGAGGUGAAGGAUGAGCCCGGCGUUGAGAAGAAGGAGCUGGCCGCGCCCGCUGGGCCGGCGGAGGCCGGCCCGGAGCCGGGCAGCCUCUCCGCCCGCCUGGCGCAGUUCUUCGCGGUGCUCCCGAAGCUCCCCGGCAAGCACGGCGCGCCGCUCCUCUCCCUGGCCGCCGAGGCCGUGGCCGAGAGCGGCCUCUGGCGGCGCGCCGCCCUGCUGCCGAAGGAGGAGGCGGGCGCGCGGACGCGCUGGGAGCGCGGCUUCUCGUGGCCGCAGCUCUUCGACUUCGCCCACCAGCGCCUGCCGGCAGACAUGCGGCUCCGGCUUUGGCGCAGCUCCCUGCAGCUCUGCGUGGCCGAGCCCGCUCUGUCCACGCUGGCGGAGGUCCCUUUCGCACUGGCGGCCGCGGCGGCGGACGCCCCUGCGGGCGCCACAGACGUGCUCCACGAGGCCAUCGCUCUCGGGGCCGACCCCGUGGCGCUGGCGCCAGUCGCCAAGGCGCUGGGCGGGGCGCCGCGCGGCGGGGUCCAGCAGGCGCUGCUGACGCAGGCGGAGGCGAAGGCCGCGGAGGCGCAGCGCAGGGCGGCUUUGGAGGAGCUCGGGAUCGAGGUCGAAUCGUGGGCCCCCGCCCACGUGCCGGUUCCAGACGCGGCCCCGCCGCAGCACCGUGCACGGAUCGCGCGCGGCAUCUCGCGCUCCGGGUCCAGCGGCGAGCUGCGCCAGGCCGCCUCGGGCCCGCUGAAGCGGGGCAUCUCGGCGGCCGCGCCGGAGGAGGCGCAGGGCGACGCGGCGCCUGCCGUCGUGGAGGUGGAGGAGCGCAUCAACGCGGCCGCCACGCCGCUCUUUGCCAACAAGCGCCGCCGCAAGAUCGACUGGGCCGCCAAGGAGGCCCUGGGCCAGCCCACCAGCGACGCCGUGGCCGCCUGA